GCCUGGAGGACUACAACUCCCAGCAUCCCCCGCGCGCCGCCAGCCGCCGGCCCCGCGGUUGCCCCCCGGUGCCCGCCCCGAGCGAUGGAGGCGGAGGCGGACGCCGGCUCCGUGCUCUCGGGCGGGGAGGGGGCGGCGGCGGCUGGCGCGGGGCCCGCCGAGGAGGAGCGGGAGAUGGAGGGAGCCCCCAGCUGCUCGGGGUCGCGCCCCGUCCCCUUCGAGUUCGAGCGGAGCCGCUCCGAGUCCAGCGGCGACGACGAGGAGGAGGAGGAGGACGACGACGAGGACGAUGAGGAGGAGGAGGAGGAGGAGGAGAUGGAGGAAGAGGAGCUCGAAGGGGACCCCGGGGCACGCUUCGGGACGGACGACGGCGAGCUCGACUCGGACGACGACCGGGAGCGGAUGAUCAACCUGGCAGAGUUGACCCCUUACAUCCUCUGUUCCAUCUGCAAAGGUUACUUUAUCGAUGCUACAACUAUUACAGAGUGUCUGCACACCUUUUGUAAAAGCUGCAUAGUGAGACACUUCUACUAUAGCAACAGAUGUCCAAAAUGCAAUAUAGUUGUACAUCAGACACAGCCCCUUUAUAAUAUCAGGCUGGACCGGCAGCUACAAGACAUAGUCUAUAAAUUAGUUGUCAAUUUAGAGGAAAGAGAAAAAAAGCAAAUGCAUGACUUUUAUAAAGAAAGAGGAUUAGAAGUGCCCAAACCAGCUGUCCCACAGCCAGUUCCAGCGAGCAGAGGAAGACCUCGAAAAGUUCUGGGCUCUGUGUUCCGGAUCCCACCAGAGCUUGACAUCUCAAUACUUCUGGAAUUCAUCGGCCUUUGGAGAAGAAGUUUGUGCGUGUUUCAGGAGAGGCAACAAUUGGACAUGUGGAGAAGUUCCUCAGAAGAAAAAUGGAUCUGGACCCUGCUUGUCAGUGGAAAUGCCCAACUGGGGCUGAACCAAACCGUCUUCUCUGAUCCAAAAGUAGACAUAAUAUGUGGUGAUCACCUACUAGAACACUACCAGACGCUGAGGGAAAUCCGGCAAGUCAUAGGAGAAAGUGCUGUACAGGAUGGCUUACUUGUACUGCACUAUGGCCUCGUGGUGUCUCCGCUAAACGUAACCUAGAUUGCUAAUACAUCAGAAGGUGAAAGAAUGCAAAGUCCUCAAGCUUCUUCACUGCUGUUUCUAACCAAAGAAGGCCAUCGUGUUUUCUGUGACAGGAAGCAAGUAAAAGGAACCACUGCUAACUGCUGUAUGCUUGUAAUUUAACAUCGGACUUUAUCACUGUUUAAAAAAAAAAAAAGCUUCUGUAGGUACAGCUGUGGAUGUUGCUAUGCUAUGCUUUGUGUUAAAAAUGACUGUCUUAAAAUUUCACUCAGCUCAGGGACUUUAAACGCUCAGAGUUGCUGCAUUUCUUUAAAUACUUCCUAAAACCACAAGAUCUCAUGGGGUGAGCAGCCCUUUUCCUCUAAGCUAUGGGAUUUUGCUUACUUUCUAAGUGUCUAGCUAGAAUAGUGCUCUCAGGGAUGAUCUUCAGUGGGCAGUAUAAUGUAUUCUGGGGAAGAGACAGUCAUUUGGUAGAAAAAAGUGAAUGGUGAUCAUUUGUCUUCAGACGUGAUUUAGGGAGAAGGGAACUCUUGAAAUACAGACCAAAAUAGGUAGAAAAUAAUGUAUCACAAACAUUUUUUCCAGAAGUAGCAUUAAAUUUACUUGUUUUUCUUGAAGAAAAACAAUUUUGUUUGCACUGGAGAUAAAUUUGCUAGUAGCUUGACUUAUACCAAAUGGUGGAUCGUGCAUCUCCACUCUUAAUGGAGAUGAGCUGGCUGUAAGCUGUUUAAACUAUGCAUGGAAAAGAAAACGUAGCACCUCUUUCUACCUGCUUGCUGUAUUUACAAUAAUCACUGUCAGCUUGAUUCUGCUGUCAUGUAAAAUCUGUCAAAUGACUUGACUAGCAAAAACACAGGUUCUUUAAUUUUAGCACCCAUCUUUCUAGCAGCAGUGAAAAAAUAGUAGCUUUUUCCACGCCUUCUAAUGUGUAUUAGUGCAGACCAGGUUUGAGUAUGUUAAAUAACAUAAUACGUGCCUAUUACUACUACCAGAUUCCCAGAGGACAAUAGAUACCUUUUUUUAAAAAAAAAAUAAUAAUAACGUAAAAAUGCUAGGGUUUUGUGAUAAUUAUAUCUCAAGUUCUGUGUAAGAUUUCUAUUGUUUCUUGUGCAGCAUUAAGGAUCAGAGCUUUGUAUGUUACAGUCUUGCUGUGCUCUCAGUCAUAAACAUGGGAGAGAUCUGUGAAAGCUGCUGUUAGGUACCAGGCUCCCUUGAUGGUCAAUGUAGUAAAGGGGGUGGAGAUCCCUUUGUAAGGCAUUUCAGAGUGCCUAAGCUAGCUCAAAAGCAUUUGCUCCCUGUCAUAUUCACUGCUAUGCUGUCAACCUAGGAAUACUGGGAUCUUUUGUCUAAAAAAAGCUUUCAUGAAUCCUUCCUCAGGUCUUUUCAAUAAAUGUUCAGUUUUGCCUGUGAAGAUCACACCAUAAGAUAAAGUCUUAGUGGAAGUAAUUCCCGUGAUGCUUCUAAAAAAAUUAACAAACAUUUAUAACUAUGGUUUCCUAUUUUACUUUCAAAGUUUGUACAAACUUAGUGUUUAAAAUGCAGCAGAAAAUGGGAUUAUUUUGUAAACACUUUGUGAGUUGUGUUGAUAAGAGAUUAUAUAUUGUAACAGUAAAAUAAAGUUUAUUUUAGCCAAUUUUAAA